UCGCCCAUCCCAACGACGAGGGGAGGGAAAGAAAUAUCCGAGUCGAGCGCCGCCAAGAAAGUAGCUACGAGGGAAAAACAAGAAAAUAGGAUUCUCUUCGUUAUAAAAGGAACUCUGGACGUGAGGGGAUAAAAAGUGUGAAUAGGAUUAAGGAGUAACCUACAUAUUUGUCCAAUUCCAAUGCCGCUCCACAAGUCGGGCCGGGCUAACCGCCUGGAUCCAACCAUGAUCUCUGCCCCACUUGGUGAUUUUCGCCACACCAUGCACAUCGGGCGUGGCGGAGACGCUUUUGGAGACACCUCCUUCUUGUCCAGUCACGGCCCCUCCAACAAAGAGUCUUUUAAGUCCAUCACUUCUCCUGUGGAGACCACUGUCAACGCCACAGAAGGGAGGCUAAAUCAUGAAGCUGAAAGUAAUCCCCCUGAUGAACCAUUUACAGAACUUCAGCACUCCGAAUCAGUCUCCUCCUUUGAUCUGGACCUAGACUUGGGACCAUCCAUUUUGGGAGACGUGCUAGGAGUGAUGGAUGGACUGGGUUUGGGCGGCAAGUGGACGACAGGCAACGAAUGUGAGGAAGAAGUGUUUAUAUCCAGUAAGAGCAGCGCAGAUGGUGGAAAAUCACCCAAUGGUGCAGCCAGUGGGCUUAACGAGAAGAGGACAGACGGCCUGAGCAGAGGGGAGGAGCAUCUAAACGAUGUCAACGGAAUCAAAUCUAAGGGGCUCCGGCCAAAGGUGCGAUUUAGCGACAAAAAGGAGGAGAUUGUUGGUCGGCAGUUUGUAGGUGGUGACUUGGAGCUGGAAUGUGAGAAGGAAACAAGUACAGGUCCAGUUAUGGGAAUGGAGGUGAGGGCUGAAGGAAUGGCUAAUAAAGGAGCAGUGAAACCAGAGCUGACGAAUCACAGACCAGACAUCAGUCCCAGUCCUUCUUCUUCAGUGAGCUCAGAAUAUGAAGGCAUCUCCCCACUGGACAGGAGGAGAGAGGAGGAUCAUCUGUCAGAGUCGUAUUCAGAUGAAGAAGGUGUCACAGGAGAGCAGGGCUAUACAUUUGAGGAUGAGUCAGAUGAUGAGAUCGGUCUUUAGGAGUCUGUUGCUGGGUAUGUAAAGACCAAGCACAGAAAAGCAUGUGCAAAAUGCCUUUCUGAAUAGCACAUAAAGGGAGAAACUACCAAAGUGAAAACGACACUACAAAACAGGAGGAACUCGACUUGUAGUUAGUAGACAAAUGUUACAAAACAUAAAUAGAGGUUAGAAAAUGAAUCAAAAUACUUUUCAAAGCUCAAAGAUAAACAACAGUGUCAUGAAAAAUUAGGUUUUCGGGGGUAGAACUGUAGUAUUAUAAAGAAAUGUCAUUUCUAUUAGUACUAUUAGUUCCACUAACGCCCUAGACAAUGGAAUAUUUUAAAAUUUUAUAUUGUAAAACUGUCUUGAUAAACAGUUAUAAUGGGUUUCAUAUUGUUCCUAUCAUAUAUUGUUAAACUGGGAUCUUUUAAGUUUCAAACAAUAUUACCCAGGAAUGUAGACCUGUAAUCUACUUUUACUUGUUUCACAAACCACCUUAAUACAGGAGGAAAAAGUUUAGCCAAAUACCAGUAUUCCACAAACAUUGGUUCAAUAUUGUAUGUCCUUUAGUGUAUUAGUGUUUAGUGUAUAAGAAACAGCAUAUUAUUUUUUUAAGUACUAUAGGCCAAAUGUAAAGUUAAAAGCUGUCAUUUACUUAAACAAAUUUAUUCUAAUUAUUUUUUUAGUUCUGUUAUGAGAAAAUGUGUGAAUUGUGGUAUCUAUGUAUAAAUAACACUAUCAGGAAGUAUGUUGUCACUAAUGUAAAAACAUGUCGAUUGAUGGCGUAAUAUUCAUAGUGGCAUUAAAAAAGCCCCUUGUUUGUGCUCUGUGCGUGAGCUCUGGAGAUUUUACUGGUGAAUUCUGGAUGUUCCUGUUGUGGAAAAAACAGUGGGAGGACAUUGUGAUUCUAGAUGGCAGGUGCUCGGUUUACUACGACCGACACAGUUUGAGAUAGUGCUUAUUGUUAUUGCUCUGCUAAACUUUAGGGAGUUUAAUGUAAUCUGACACACAACCUGGUAUCUGCUGUUUAAUCUCAAGGUACAUGGAGAGAAUACAGUAUCCUGAUACUGAAAGAACAUUGACAAUAAUACAGAUGGAAACGCUACUAUAAAAAUGCUGUUAACUAAUUUAAGUGUGAAAAAAGACUUUUAUGGUUCUUUUGUAAAUUUUCACUGCAAAUCUUCACUUCUGAUGUAUCACCACUUCUAUUGCUCCAUGCACAUGACGUGUGUAUCCACUCAAACACUUAUUUGCUUAGAUUAAUGGAAAGGCUGUGAGGAUUGUUUAAGAUGAUAGUGAUAUUGUGUGCAUUAAAUGAUUAAAUGAACGCUGAUUAGCAGCACAUGCCUCUAAAGAGGAGGAUGAAACUUAUUGUGCUUAUACCACUUUAAAUAAAUAUGUACCGAUUUUACCGAAGUUACUUAAAUUACAUCUAUCUCAUUUAAUAGCCAGUCAUUGGAGUUUACAUGUCUCAUUUUGACCACUUGCCUAUUAAAGGCAAUUUGUGUGUAUUCCCACUGAAAUAAAACUUUAGAGCCAAAUCAGGAUAGCUGGAGAACUGCCUACUGGUUUAAACUGGAUUUAUUGGGAGGUAAAAAUGGACAUUAUCAAAACUGCAUGUCUUGUAAAAUUGUUUUUCUCAGAAACAAUGUCUUAAAUGUUUUCCUUUAUAAAAUAACCAUCUAUUCACUUGUAAAUACGUCGAUAAAAUAAUUAAACACCUGACAGUUUGUUCUUGGGGUGAUGUUCUUUUUGUCCUUAAACAUAUGAAUCACAUUUCCAUAAUAUCUCAUCUAUGACUCUUAUGCUUUAUGUAUCAUCUACUAUUAUUUUGCAUAGGUGAGCAAAAGCAGCUUAGACGACAUGGUGGAUUGAACAUCUUUUGUAAAUCCUGAAGCCGAUUUUAAAGCCACUUCAGUCAUUAAAAAACACUUUCUAUUAUAUUCUAUUAAAUGUUUUAAUGACAUUAUAGCAGAUGACUAGGCCUUUCUGUUGAAACUAUACAGGCAGAUGGUCAAAUAGGCAUUAGAAAAAUCAGAUCACACCACAGCUUAGUUUGAAAAGACUUGUUUAGAGCUGCAUUGCUAUCUGUAAAUGCAGUCAUAGAGCUGAAAUUUUAAGAAUCCUGUUAGAAUUGUAGCUUAGUUACAUUGCUAGGUACUGCAAGCAUCCCAGUCUAUAAAUAUUUGGGCCACUGUCAUUUUAAAGAAAGGUACCACAACAAACCAUUAUUUCAAGUUUUUUAAAAAGCUCUAAACUAAAAUAUCUAGAAUAUCCAAUUCCAAAUUUCUUAAUUUCUUAAACUUAAUUUCACUUUUAUUAGCAACCAUCAGUUAAAUUAUAAUAUGGUCCUGCUUAAACAAAAGUGCCACUUUAAAUGCAGGCCUGUUUAUAAGAUCAACUGUGAAUAGCCAAGCAGAAACCAACUCUGCUGUUUGUUUGUUUUUAGCUAAUGACAAUCAGUUGUAAUUAAUAAGUUCAGUAAACAUUCUGUGAUGAUAUAGUAAAGCAGAAAGAACGAGUACUGCCAUUCUAACUAAACUAUUUGUCAGGCCAGUUCUGCCUGUAAGAUCUAGAAAUACUUGCAUUUGUGUGUAUACCAUGGAACACUGCACUUCAUUUAUGUAAUGCUAUUGGUAUUGACGUUAACUUUCUGAUAUUGAGAUCUGCAAUAAUAAACAUAUUCCUUUACUUGC